CAGACGUGUUCGAUAAAGAAACAACACAGGCCAAGCACACAUCUCGAGAUGAGCAAAAGAAAGGAACUCGGCGACAAGAUCGUCGAUAAGGAUGCUAUGGUGGAUGACGCGAGCGGUGACGAGGAGGAUUUUGAUACACUCAAUGUCGAUUUCGAAUGGUUUGAUCCGCAGCCAGAAGUCGAUUUCCACGGAAUCAAGACCCUACUCCAGCAGCUGUUCGAUGUCGAUGCUCAGCUGUUCGAACUCUCCGCACUGACCGAUCUUAUCUUGUCGCAGCCAACAUUGGGAUCAACUGUGAAAGUGGACGGCAAUGAGACGGAUGCAUAUGCUUUUCUGUCUGUUCUCAAUCUGCAAGAACACAAAGACAAACCUUUUGUUGGCAAGAUCAUCCAAUACUUGCAGUCGAAAGCCAAAUCUCAGCCUGACCUUGCACCUUUGGCCGACAUACUGUCACAAGCAACGAUUCAACCUGUCGGUCUGAUUCUGACUGAACGCCUAAUUAACGUGCCUUCCGAAGUCGUGCCCCCGAUGUACACUAUGUUGUUAGAAGAGAUUCAGUGGGCGAUAGACGACAAGGAACCUUACAACUUCUCGCAUUAUCUCAUCCUGUCCAAGACCUACACCGAGGUCGCCUCCAAGCUAGACGCUGAAGACGAUAGACCCAAGAAGAAAAAGAAGGCUACAGGGGGGGGUUUUGAAACCAUGUACUUCCAUCCGGAGGACGAAGUCCUGCACCGCCAUGCAAUUUGUCACGGACAGUAUGAUUAUUCGAUCAAGCAAGACGAAGGCCAUUCGGAUUCGAAAAGAGUCUUCCAAGAGCUCGGUAUCAAGCCUCAAGGGCACGUCAUAUUGAUCUCAGGAGAAAACUUCAAGGCUGCUGUCCAAGAUGUGGCCGAAUACCUGAAGCCAUAGGAUUGAACUGAUGCAAAAAUCUAUCCGGUCCGACCAAUUGCAAUACUACUCUUAGUCCCAUUGAGUGCCUUUCAGUCUUUGCAUGAGGUACUCGACUUCGACAAUCUUGGUCAAAGGUAUUACGACCUGAGCAUACAUCUUGACCACGGCCUCGACAUUGAUCUUCUCUUCUGCUGAGGCUCCACCUUUGGUGGCUGCAGAGGGAUCCUUGCCAUAAGUCUUCGC